CACCGUUUUUCUCUUGGCUUUAAAUUAGCUAUAUAUCGCUUUUCUACAAAUCAUUUACCGUAGUUUACUGUACAUCCUUAUUCGAAAAUCAGGUUGAGUACCAAAUAUUCACGUUUAAAGAACCAACAUUUGACUAUUCUUGAUGGAGCUUUUAUUAUCGGGAUACGCGGCAACUGAAAAUGAACCGACCAAUGUAAUCGCUCAUAAUUUGCAUACUGGGACGUUGGUCCGUACUUUUCGUCAAAGUACCCCAUUUCCACAAGCUGCUUGUUCUACUAAAACACAUUUGUUGUCCUUCCAAAGACGUAGACCGCAAUUAAAUGUACACGGAUUUGGAAAGGAAAAUUUGGACCAGACUAUUAUUCUUCCAGAAACAAUUAUCUCUUCUGCCGUCAGUCCAUGCGACUCUUGGUUAGUAGGUGGUACAGAGAAAGGCAGCCUAUACAUUUGGUCAAUCCUGUCGGGUGCUCUAAUUCAUGCUUUUCGGGCCCAUUAUCAACCUUUAACACAUGUUUCCUUUUCUAGUGAUGGGAUGUUGAUUCAUACAGCUUCAAAUGAUGGAGACAUCAAUGUCUGGUUGAUGUCUUCUUUGACCGAUCGGUCAAGUAUGGCAGGCUCUACAGUUAAACCUUUUAGGAGUUUCUCUGGACACAAGCGAGCGAUUGUCUCUUUAAUCAAUGGAUCUGGACCUUCCAUAUCUAGCCGUCUUUAUACAGCUAGUGAAGAUAGCACUGUGCGUGUUUGGGAUGUUAGUACCGGUAACCUUUUGACUACCAUCGCUCUCAGUAGCAUGCCUUCUUGUAUGACGAUUGACCCUGCAGAACGUGUAAUAUAUGUCGGUAACGACAAAGGUCUUGUUUGGAUUCCCUUAUACACGAGUUCAACUGCCCAUUCCGAGAAUAACCCUAAUGUGUCGAAAAAUAUUACUAUUCCAUCCUCUGUUCCUUCAGCAAUAGGCGGAUUGGGCAGAGUUGUGGAUGCAAAUGAAAGUAAGGAUGCCCAUACAGUAACUAGUACUUCACCCAUCACAACGAUCACUUUAUCAUUUGAUGCUUCCUUAAUUAUCACUGGUGAUAAAGGUGGUAGUAUUCUCGUAUGGGAUGUUGUUUCCCGUCAAGUUUUAAGACGUCUAAUUCAAUAUUCUACUUCAGUCACAUUCUUGAAAUGUUUGAUUGAUAAAGUAAAUUAUAUUCCUACUACUCAUAAUACGUUUCCCGUCCUAAAGCGCAUGAUUACGGACGAUUAUCUGUAUUCAGAUGUGAAUAUGGUGAUCCAUGAUGAUGGUAUAGAAGAAUUAAUGCAAGCACCUGACACACUAAGUCUCAGUUCUGAGUUAAUGACUCACAAUACAGAAUCAGGGUGGCGUGCAAAAGCGGAAUCUACAGAGAUGGAACUCAAAGAAACAAGAAGACUGUUUAUAGAACUAAGAGGGGUACAUCAAGCUUUAUGGGAAAAAUACCUUCAGAAGUAAUUACUUGGACUUGGAUAUGGUUUACUAUAUUAAUUUGGAAAAAUGGUUUUUUUUUUUUUGCUAUAGACACUAACUGUCGAUUAUAACGUUUGUACAGUGAGGGAUUAAUUAAGUUUUUAACACAAUAUUAGUGGUUUGAAAGACUUUCACAGAACAUCAUUAGGA